UAAAACCAGAGGGUCGAGCUGCCAACAUGAGGACGGUUCAUGAUGUUAGUCUCGAAAGCAUCGAUUGCUGCUCGAGAUUUGUCGGAAAGGUACAUUCGUAUCGUGCGUGCUCUUCGCGGGCCAUGAUCACGAUCCAUCUUUCUAGGAGGCACUACUCGUUAGUAGCAACGUGACAUGCGCAGAUCCCGCUGACGGACCGGUCCAUGCCAGCCACACGAUCGAGACAAGGAUGCGAGGAGUGCCGGAGGCGGAGACGGAAGUGUGAUGAGCAGAAGCCCGGCUGUGGUCAAUGUUCUGCCUUCAACAGGACGUGCAGAUACACCCUAAGGCUGGUAUGGGGCGCCAGUGGCCGCAAUGGCUCCGUACGCAAAUCCUCGGCUGGUUGCCAGCCUCUGUUUCGUGGAAGCCAAGGCCGUCACGCAGCAGAUCUAGACGAAGGGACCUUGGUUCAGCAGGACAGGGCGCUGCCGGAGAUGCCCACCACUGAGCUAGCUUCCUCCCUCCCACGGCGUCUCCCAAACGGCAUCCCGCUCUCGCCGACAUACCGAAGGCUUCUGAGCUACUUCACGGGAGACAUUCUUGCCUCCCUCUCCUGUCAUCCCUCAAUACACCAAGACCUCCGCCAGGGCUUAGUCCCUGUUACCCUCGAGUCGCCUCAGCUGAUGUCAGCCUGCCUUGCAUUGUCAGCCGCGGGGUUUCUGUCUCGCGGAGUCCUCUCAGUGGAUGGCGUCGAGAUAUCUAAAAUCCUCGGGCAUCUACAGUCGUCCGGUUUGCCGCUCUUGAGGAGCGCCUUGGAGACUGGCCAGAUGAGCGAGACGUUGCUGGCAACCUGUCUUAUCUGGUGUCUCACGGAUGUCUUCACCUAUCGCCAGGGCACAUCAUCGUGGCGCAUUCAUCUACAGGGAGUUAGAGCGCUCCUAGAUGGUGAUAUGGCUCGCCGCCGUUCUACAGCCUCAUCAUCAAGCGCUCUACGGUCAGCCAUGAAGCACCUCCAUCAGCUCUAUCUCUCUCUGCAAACCCUGCCAUAUAUUCCCCCUUCAGAAAUUUCCGAGCUCACACCAUCGGGACAUGCACCAACGGAGACGACGCGAAAGGUGAAUCUCGAGCCCGCACCAAGCCCGGCUAUUGAUGGAUUUCUGGGCUACAGCGACGAGCUGUUGGAGGUCCUUCACCAGAUCGAUCAACUGUCGCGACUGAGCUCCGACGGUGCGACACAGCCAUCCUUCGAGGCGGACGUUCUCCUCGGAAAAAUCAAGGCCAUGAUCAGCCGCGACUCCAAAAGUCCGCCGGCCAUAGCUAUCGGCUCACCCUUGUCGCCCGAGUACGGCCGCGAGUUCACGCUCUGCCACCAGGUCUUCCAGCAAGCCACACUGAUCCACGUGUACAGGCGGCUGUACCACCUUCCAUCUGGAUCGCGGCCCAUCCAGUACGCGGUUUGCGCCAUGCAGGACAUGCUCAGCAGCAUGAGCCAGGGUCAGCCAUGCCACACCUGGGUCGCCAUGGCGAUGCCGCUCUUCACGCUCGGCUGCGAGGCCUUCACCGAGGAGCAGCAGGGCUUUGCGCUGGACAAGGUCGACAAACUGGAGGAGUGUAUCCGCUCGCUCCAUGUCAGGAUCAUCCGCCAGGCACUGCAGGAUAUAUGGAGAGUAAGGGCGAGCCUGGGCGACUGUAGCGGCGAGCUGUGCGCAAGCCAACUGCUGGAGAAGUUGGACUACAACAUAAUUCUGUUCUGAUCUUUCAGACCUAUUACGAAAUUGAAUGACCACUUAUGAUACCAUACGCGGUUUGAGGAGCCCUCAAUUCUUCUGUCUUUGCCUCUUUUCUCUUCUGUCUUAAUUGCAAUGGCAGGAGUUUGUUAGGAAAGGAGAUGAUCAGGGUGUUAGUGAGCGGAUCAACUUGGAAUGACAGUUAUAAAUAUGGGGCGGUGUAUUCUUCUAGCUCGUGAAGUUCAUUUCAAACCUUUCAAUCCCCCUGAAACGCCCUGUUCAUGCUCAUCUGUCGAGUCCCAGUUCACCACUCAAAAAUCAAAGAUCAUCCGCCUCAUUGUUUUCAAUCAUCUUGCUCAAGGGGCCCUUCUUCACCAUGAUGCUCAUG